AUAACCCACAAUCGGUCCCGUCGCAGUUCAGGACACGGACCGUACAGAAGAGGCGGUGACAACAUUUCUGUUGUAAUGUCAGAAGCAGCUGGUCUCUGUGAGAUUUUCUUCAGCCGUUCAGGAUUUUGGACUUUUAUCUUCUUCUUGGUUUUGUUCUGGACGCCUGUUAAAGGUGGCCUCCAACUGAUUGGUUCCUCUCAGCCAAUCGUAGCUGCUCCUGGAGAUGACGUCAUCCUCCCGUGUCGGGUGGAUCCUGAGUGGGACGCCGUGGGGAAGACGGUGGAGUGGUCCCGACCGGACCUGAGGCCGACCGGCCCUCAGAAGCGUGUGGAGUACGUGUUCGUGUACCGCUUCAGGAAGACGGACCGAGACAUGAUGAUGGACACGUACAUCCAGAGGACGUCUCUGUCCCAGGACGGCCUGAGGCGAGGAGACGUGUCUCUGACCAUCAGGAACGUCAGCCUGCAGGACCAGGGCAGGUUCCGAUGCUUCAUCCCACGCCUCGGGAUAGAAGCAGAACUUCUGCUUGUUGUUGAUCCAAACUUUGUUUCAACGACGACAACAGAGAUGGUUCGUCACAGAAACCUCAUCACUCCAACGCCACAGGAGGAAACCAGCAGGAACGGUCAUCGGUCCAGGAUGUUUCUUUUAAUCCCCAUCAUUCUCUUCAUCAUUUCUAUGAGUUUACUUUUCAUCUUAGUCAUCUUCAGCUUAAAAAAAUGCUCCACAAUCACAAAAUUUCAGCAGAACCUCCUAAGUCGGGCCUCUGCCUCUCAGUUUGGAUGCUUUGGUCCAGAGCAGAGCUGUGAUGAUGUGGACCAGAAAUCCAGCCAAACUCUCAUUGAUAUUCCUGAUCAACCGCAGCAUCAUGGAAACUGCGGAGGCUGAGCGAGUUGAGUUGAUCAGUCUGAGGCGUAUCGAUGAAACCUGGUUCUUCAUUAAGCAGCUCACAGACUCUGUAGGAAUCCCACAGACUUUCAGAUAAACAUGAGAAAUGAUCUGGAUUUUAUCCAUCCAUCUUUUUUCUUACACCCUUCCCAUUGGGGCCAGCAGUGGCGCUGAUGCCCAGCUCCAGCUGCCAGUGGGUGAGAGACGGGGUCACCCUGGACAGGUCUCCUGUCCAUCACAGGGACUUUUCUCCAGGAAGUAAAAAAAUCUGUGAUUUCACACCAGAAGAGAAGCUCGUCUUUGUACUGUGAACUGAAGCUCAUUUUCUAAGGCUGUUUUUAAUUUAUUUUGCUUUAUUUCUGUUUAAUGUCACCAUGUAUGAUCUGGUAUCAUCAGUUUGUGUUUAAUUUAUUUUGGAUCCAGCUGUCUAAGCACAUGUUGCAUAUUUUAAAGAUGAACCUUAAAUGUUUGUUAAAUGAGACCUGCAGAGCAGAUCAGGCUGUGAAAUGUUAGGAAAUAUUUUAAAUGUAUGAGGAGAAAAGUGUGAUGUAGAACAUUUUUUCAUUAAUGCAGUGACACGUUAUUUGCACUUAUUUUGUCAUGUAUUUUCAUGUCUGCUCUAAACACUAAAACAAGUAACCUCAAUGUGAAAAGAUAAAAGUCUGAGUUGUUUUCCUUGUUGACCUGCUGUGGUUACAUGAUGGACUGUAAUUUAUUUUCAUGUCUUUCCUGGAGAAGAAACGUUUUUAGAGAAAUGCUGUGGGGAUUUUAAUCCCCCUGGAUUACAUGGUUUUUUUAAAAAUAUAACUUAUUUUACUACUUGAAGCACUUAGAUAUUAGAUUAUUCUCAGUAUUGGCUGAAAAUAAACCUCAUCAAGUUAAUAAAUUAAACAUAAAGCCA